AUGUAUUUGGCGCAAGAAGUGAUGAUGGAGUUGGAUACGUCUAUGGAAUACAGUAAUAUAGUGAGACAAGUCAACAUGCAAAAUGCCAUCAUCAAUAAUUUACAAAGACGUUUGGAUAAACUGCUAGAAGAGCAGAGUAUGCAGGAUGAAAUCAUACAUCGUAAUCAAAAUCAAGGACCAAAAGGAGCGCCAGGAUCUGCGGGACCACAAGGUGCACCUGGACCACAGGGACCACCAGGACCACAAGGAGCACCAGGAGUUCCAGGAACACCAGCGAUACUGGACGAGGAUGAUAUAUGCUUGGUAUUAGUGGGCAAGUGUCCGGCUGGAUUCGUAAUGAAUACUGAUUACGGAGAAGUGCUGCGGCCAUUACGAGUGAUAACUGAUAUACCAUUUCACAUAUGCUGUAAAAGCGUGAUCUGA